CGGCGGCUACGAUGAGAAUCGAGGAGGUGCAGUCGACGUCGAAGAAGCAGCGCAUCGCGACCCACACCCACAUCAAGGGCCUCGGCCUCGACGCCAAUGGGACGGCGAUAGGGAUGUCGGCGGGGUUCGUGGGGCAGGCGGCGGCGCGGGAGGCGUCUGGGCUGGUGGUCGACAUGAUCCGCCAGAAGAAGAUGGCCGGACGCGCGCUGCUCCUGGCCGGCCCGCCUGCCACCGGCAAGACGGCGCUCGCUCUUGGCAUCUCCCAGGAGCUCGGCAGCAAGGUCCCUUUCUGUCCUAUGGUAGGAUCAGAGGUGUACUCCUCAGAGGUCAAGAAAACUGAGGUGCUGAUGGAAAAUUUCCGUAGAGCUAUAGGCUUGCGUAUAAAGGAAAACAAAGAAGUUUAUGAAGGAGAGGUUACCGAGCUUUCCCCAGAAGAAGCUGAGAGUUCAACUGGUGGGUAUGGAAAAAGUAUUAGCCAUGUAGUAAUUGGCCUGAAGACUGUAAAAGGAACUAAGCAACUGAAGUUAGAUCCUACAAUUUAUGAUGCUUUAAUCAAGGAAAAGGUGGCAGUGGGUGAUGUUAUAUACAUUGAAGCCAAUAGUGGUGCAGUGAAAAGAGUCGGUAGAUGUGAUUCUUUUGCUACAGAAUAUGAUCUUGAAGCAGAGGAGUAUGUCCCAAUUCCUAAAGGGGAAGUCCACAAGAAAAAAGAAAUUGUGCAGGAUGUUACACUUCAUGACCUUGACGCUGCAAAUGCCCAACCACAAGGAGGACAAGAUAUUUUGUCCCUUAUGGGCCAGAUGAUGAAGCCACGGAAGACUGAAAUCACUGAGAAGCUACGCCAAGAGAUUAAUAAGGUUGUUAACAGAUAUAUUGAUGAAGGUAUUGCAGAGCUUGUACCUGGUGUGCUUUUCAUUGAUGAGGUCCACAUGCUGGAUAUUGAAUGCUUCUCUUAUCUUAAUCGUGCUUUGGAGAGCUCAUUAUCGCCAAUCGUAAUACUUGCUACAAACAGAGGAAUAUGUACUGUAAGAGGAACGGAUAUGACAAGUCCACAUGGUAUCCCAGUUGACCUUCUAGAUAGGUUGGUUAUUGUACGGACAGAGACAUAUGGUCCUAUCGAGAUGAUCCAGAUAUUGGCUAUUAGAGCACAAGUGGAGGAGAUUGACAUUGAUGAAGAUAGUCUUGCAUUUUUGGGAGAGGUUGGGCAGCAGACAUCUUUGAGACAUGCUAUUCAGUUGCUAUCACCUGCUAGCGUAGUUGCAAAGGCUAAUGGGAGAGAGAAGAUCUCCAAGGCUGAUCUUGAAGAAGUUGGUGGUCUGUACUUGGACGCGAAGUCAUCUGCCCGUUUGCUUCAGGAGCAGCAAGAAAGAUACAUCACCUAAAUUACUACUGCACAACAAUGUCAAAGAAUUCUCAGCUGUCGGCUCAGGUCAGGGGACUCUCUUCCCUUUCGUGGACUUCUUCAGGAGCACAUUUUUUUCCUAGCAGCUGGACUCGGCAUGUACUUCCGGACUAUGUAGGAAUUAUCGUGUAUCUUUCCCCAUGCUAAUUAAUGGCCAGAUCAGAUUUCCUCUUUGA